AUGUUCUCCAACGCGCUGAAAUCGUUCAGCUCCAACAUCUCCGCAAACUACCAGAUCUCCCCCAACCCCACAGUCUACUCUGGCCCCUGGAAAAUUCACGAUGCAAAGCAAAAGUCCACGGGGACUGCAGCGUCAGUGUUCAUCUUCGACCGCAAGAUUCUCGAGCCGCGAUCAGGUGGAUUUAGUUCCCGCUCGGGGUCGUCUUCGAAAAAGCUACAGGAAGAUGUGAUUGACCGUUUAAAGCGGGAAGCGAGCAACCUGGCCCGGCUGAGACAUCCAUCCAUUCUGCAGGUGCUGGAGCCGGUUGAGGAAACGCGCAGUGGAGGUCUUAUGUUUGCAACAGAGCACCUAACUGCCUCUUUAUCGGGGCUGCUGCUGGAUAGGAAUGAGCAGGAAGGCUCUUCUGGCGCAGGUCCUCGAUCAAGCCGUUAUAUGGUUGAGGAGGCCGAUGGAACUCGAAGAAGGAGGGACUUGGAGAUCGAUGAAUUGGAGAUUCAAAGGGCUUACUCCAGGUCGCAAAGGGCCUGGAGUUUCUUCAUGAAUGCCAUCUAUAUCAAUUCCAAAUCUGAUUGGAAGAUAUCCGGUCUAGGGUUUUCUGGUCCUCCUGAUUCCUCCGAAACCCGGUCGUCGCUCCCCCCGUUGGCGGUCUCCGAGGUUCUCUACCAAGACCCAAGGCUGCCAGCCUCGGUACAGCUAAACAUGGACUACACAUCUCCGGAUUUUGCUUUGGACUCCAAUGUGUCAGCUGCUGCAGAUCUUUUCUCCUUGGGUCUUAUCAUUGUUGCUCUCUAUAAUUCACCCCAUGUCUCCCCUCUCCAAGCCCACGCGAAUUUGACGACCUACAAGAAGCUUUUGAGCUCUUCGUCGACUACUCCUUCUCAGAGCAACAACUUUCUUUGCACUCAGCCUAUCCCUCGUGAUGUUUUGUCCCACGUCUUGCCAAGGUUGAUUACCCGAAGACCAGCGCAGCGCAUGAAUGCUAGGGAGUUCCAACAGUCCCAAUAUUUUGAUAAUGUUUUGGUAUCCACGAUUCGAUUCUUGGAGUCUUUACCGGCCAAGAAUGCCAAUGAGAAAUCUCAAUUCCUUCGCGGGCUACACCGUGUUCUCCCCGACUUCCCUGCCUCGGUGCUAGAGAGAAAGCUCUUGGGUGCACUAUUGGAUGAAAUGAAGGAUCGCGAACUCCUUCCCCUGCUUCUGCAGAAUGUCUUCGGGAUCCUGCAACGGAUUCCUAACGGGCGUCGUGCUCUGCCGGAAAAAAUAAUGCCCCGUCUCAAAGAGGUGUUUGGCACAGGCUCAGGCAAACCAGGAACUCAAGAACGCGAUUCCAAGAAAGAUGCUGGUCUUAUGGUCGUACUAGAAAGUAUGAAACUCAUUGCGGACAACUGUUCAGGCAUGGAGUUUAAAGAUGACAUACUUCCGUUGAUCCGCCUUGGAAUGGACUCGCCGACGCAUUCUUUGGUCGAUGCUUCUAUCAAAUGUCUUCCCGUGAUGCUCCCUAUCCUUGACUUCAGCACGGUGAAGAAUGAAGUGUUCCCUCCCAUCGCCAGCACUUUCAGUCGCACUAGCAGUCUUGCUAUCAAAGUUCGUGGCCUGGAAGCUUUCAGUGUGCUCUGUGGCGGCUCUUUGAAUGACAUGGAUGGACUGGAUGAUGAUCUUACUGGUGCCGUUCAGUCGAAACCAAGCGCCAAGUCCUCCAUCUUGGACAAAUACACCAUUCAAGAGAAACUUGUGCCGUCUCUGAAGGCCAUCAAAACAAAGGAGCCUUCGGUCAUGAUGGCAGCAUUGAAAGUCUUCCGACAGGUUGGGAAGGUUGCAGACUCGGAUUUUCUAGCACUCGAGGUUCUGCCUAUUCUCUGGAGUUUUAGUCUCGGCCCACUCCUGAACCUCCAGCAAUUCAACGAGUUUAUGGCUCUGAUCAAAUCCAUCUCCACUAAAAUCGAAAGGGAGCAGACGCGGAAACUCCAGGAGCUUUCGUCCGGUGGGGACUCUGGUGGAUUCCAGAAUGGCACCAAUAGCCUCGCGGAGUCGGCCAUAGACCUGACUUCACCCGAUACAGACAGCACGAGAAACAACUUCGAACGCCUUGUUCUUGGCAAGAAUGCGGCACCCUCGAAUGGUCAAAAUGUUGAUCUCUGGGGCAGCACGGAGCCCGAGCCAUCUGCAGCGAAGCGGCCGAGCCUGUCGCCUGCAUUUUCGUGGUCUACGAACAAUGCUAUGGGUUCCAACCAAACUUCUAACCAGCUUGGCUUUCGUUCCAUUACUCCCGAUCAGAAACUCGGCUCCUUCCCGCCCCUUGAACCUGCGCGCCAAACGUCCCCUGCAGUCCCCGCUUUCCCAACGAUGCAGCCAACUUCGUCAACAUGGAACGUCCAAUCUCAGGGAGCAAACAGGUCUAGCCCAUCUAUGGCCUCAUUUUCUGGCAUGAUGGGCAAUGCCCCUAUGCCGAACUCCGCAUCAUUGUCACAGCAAGCCUCCAAUUACUCCGCUUUCCCCAUACCACGUCCUCCAGGCGGUAUGGGUGCAAACAAUGCGAUUAGAGCUCCCUCGCUAAAUAUGAACACGACGCCCACGCCAUUCCCAAGCCAGCCUCAAAAUCAACCUCAAGCUACCCAAAAGCAAGGUUUGGACAAAUACGAGAGUCUGCUAUAA